AAAAACGGAUAUUUUCUAAGUGGGAACCAUUUACCAAUAUACGUACAUUUGAUGUCACUGACCUCCUAUAUAAAUAAUAUAUUUUACUCAUCUGGUAUUAUGUUUCUGGAAAUAAGCGAGCGUUAGUUAAGUUUGAGAGCUAAUUAUCACAAAACACAUCACAAUGCUUCACGUGAUAUCCGUGAUGCUUCACGUGAUGCCGUUCUUAAUUGCUUCGUCGUUGGCCGCAAGUUUCCCUGAACCCAGGAUCAAACAUCUUAAAUCUCACGACGUCAUAGAGAUCGCAGUUGAAGAUGUACCGGGAAUGGAAUGGAAAAACGUGCAGUAUGUCAUAGACGAAACUCCCAUGGCCGGAGUUUUCUUCAAAUCAGCGGAGGGCAUCUGGAAGCACCACAAAGCCUACCAGGGUUCGCUCCAAAGACAGACAAUCCACUACCAGAUGGUCGGAGAGCAGAAUGGGGACCCAGUUGUAGCCGCCGGGACCAUAGAAACAGAGGAGGAGCGUGGACUGGCGCUUGUUCCCUUGGCCCAGCCCCGGCGUACAAAGCAUCUCGUGUUAUGGGACGAUUUCAACUUCCUGAACCGCAAUAACUGGGACUACGAGGUCUCCAUGUAUGGCGGAUAUAACUGGGAGGUUCAGGUUUACACAAACGAUCCAAGGAACGUCUUCACGAGGAAUGGACACCUUUUUCUGAAGCCUACCCUGACCAGCGACAAGUUUGGCGAAAAUUUUCUACAUACUGGAACCAUGGACGUAAAAAAGAUCUGGGGUUAUUGCACAAACGCAGAUCGCUGGGGAUGUAUUCGACACGGGAAGGACGGUCUCCUACCCCCAGUCAUGUCGGGAAAGCUAAAGAGCAAAAAGACGGUCACUUUUGGGGAGGUGUGCGUUCGUGCUCGUAUACCACAGGGAGACUGGAUAUGGCCUGCCAUCUGGAUGUUGCCUCGGUACAGCAAGUACGGUGGAUGGCCCAGAUCCGGUGAAAUUGAUCUGAUGGAGAGCAGAGGUAACAGCAAAGCCAGCGACGGCGGUCACGACCACGGACGGAACCAAAUCGGCUCCACAAUGCAUUGGGGCACUGAUCCAGGACAUAACAGGUUCAUGCUGACCCAUGGGGAUAGGGACGACCACACCUUCUCGUCCCAAAUGCACACAUACUGCGUGGACUGGACGCAUGAAUAUAUCGCCAUCUCCGUGGACAACCACCAGGUCAUGAGGACGGGCGGGAACUUCUGGCAAAAGGGCGGUUUUAGGGGCCACAAUAUCUGGGCCAAUGGCGGAUAUAUGGCCCCAUUCGACCAGCCGUUCUACCUCAUACUGAAUGUGGCCAUCGCUGGCACGAACGGGUUCUUCCCCGACAACUGGACGUAUAACUCUCGGAAACCUUGGGGGAACAACUCCCCGACGGAGUAUGCAGAUUUCUGGAGAGGGCGAAAGGAUUGGCUGCGGUCUUGGGAGGGCGAUAAAGUUGCCAUGGAAAUAGAUUGGGUGAAGAUGUAUCAAUACUAAUGGGGUUUGGGUGAAGAUGUAUCAAUACUAAUGGGGAUUGGGUGAAAAUUAUCAAUAAUAAUGGGGAUUGGGUGAAAAUGUAUCAAUACUAAUGGGGAUUGCGUGAAAAUGUAUCAAUACUAAUGGGGAUUGGGUGAAAAUGUAUCAAUACUAAUGGGGAUUGGGUGAAAAUGUAUCAAUACUAAUGGGGAUUGCGUGAUAAUGUAUCAAUACUAAUGGGGAUUGGGUGAAAAUGUAUCAAUACUAAUGGGGAUUGCGUGAAAAUGUAUCAAUACUAAUGGGGAUUGGGUGAAAAUGUAUCAAUAAUAAUGGGGAUUGCGUGAAAAUGUAUCAAUACUAAUGGGGGUUGGGUGAAAAUGUAUCAAUAAUAAUGGGGAUUGGGUGAAAAUGUAUCAAUACUAAUGGGGAUUGGGUGAAAAUGUUCAAUACUAAUGGGGAUUGGGUAAGGAUGUAUCAAUACUUAGUAAUAGCUAUAAUUAAUAGCUGGUUUUUGACACCAUUAAACUGACAGUUUGCCGAUUUAGUUGUUAAGAUAACAAAAAUAAACAGCAUCGUACUUAGUGUCAGCGCGAAAUGCUAUUAUACAGGCCAACGCACAUGCGUAAUCUUUAUAAAAAAAAAUUAAAAAAAUGACUAAGUAGUGACCCUAUGUUAAUGUCUUAUCAUUACAAAGCGUAGUCCCUACUUAUUGAAUGUUGUAGACUAAUUUACAAACAAUGCAUUACGCAGUAAAAUGUUGCAGUUCG